AUGGAUCAUCAUAAUAGUACUACAGAAUGUAAAAAAUUAUUAUCGUAUAUAAUGAGUAUUGCUGGUGAUUGUCGAUUAAUGGUUGCACAUGUAAUAUCCAAAGAAGAAGAAAAAUAUCGUGAACAAUAUCACAUGAUGAAUGAAGUUGAUCUUGAAACUAAAAAAGUUAUUGAUGAAGUAGGUAUUGAUGUUAAUUCUUCAAAAUUUGCAUGGGUAUCAGAAUUAAUAACAAAUAUUGAUCGUAAUCUAUUUGCUAGUGUACAUGCUUAUCAAUAUGCAAUAAAUAUAGCUCGAAAUCUUGGUGAUCAUGAAAAAAAACGUUUUGGAAGUGUUAGAAAUGAAAUGGGUAUUUAUUGGAUAAAUAAAUGUGCAUAA